GAGCUUCACUCUUGUGUAGACAGAGCUUCAGUUUAGUGUGUGCGAGUGGGAGAUGGACCGAGGGCGCUCUUCCGAUUAGCCGAGCCUCUGAGCUAGCUACUCACAUACCAAGAACUAUUGAAAUAAUAGAUGAGAUCGGGGCGCUCAAAACAAAAAAGCAAAACAAAUAAGUAGCCCAUCUUUCACCUCCACUCCACACACACUAACACGGCAUUGAUGGUAAUGUAUGCAAGGAAACAACCGAGACUCAGUGAUGGGUGCAACGACCGAAGGGAUUCUCAGCCCUAUCAGACUCUUAAAUAUCCCUCAAAGAGUCACCCCGGCACUGACCACCGACAUGAGAAGAUGCGAGAGUCCUCAGAUCCCUCUCCACCUUGCAAAAUGCUUCGGCGGUCAGAUAGCCCCGACAACAAACACGGUGACAGCACAGGACACGGCAGGGCGAAAGCAGUUCACACGCAUCGCGGCAGAGAAAGAGAUGGAGGGACCAGUUAUUCUCCACAAGAAAAUUCACACAAUCACAGCACUCUCCAUAGCUCAAAUUCACAUUCUAAUCCAAGCAAAGCAUCAGAUGCACCUUACGAGCCUGCAGAUGACUGGUCUGAACACAUUAGCUCUUCUGGGAAGAAGUACUAUUACAACUGCAGGACGGAGGUGUCGCAGUGGGAGAAACCCAAAGAGUGGCUGGAGAGAGAGCAGAGGCAGAAAGAGGCGACCAAGCUGGCUGUCGUCAACAGUUUCCCCAAAGACAGGGACUACAGGCGGGAGGCCAUGCAGGCCACCACCACCACCAGCAGCUUCACCGGCGUCAAGUCUGCUGCGACAGAGAAGCCCGCCACGCUCUCCUGCACGCCCCAGUCCUCCUCGGCCCCGGGCCUGAACCCCUCCAGCACGCAGGGCUCGUCGGCCUCCACGGUCCCCGUGUCCCCCGUGCUCCAGUCCCCCGCCCCGCCGCUGCUCCAGGACCCCAACCUGCUGAGGCAGCUCCUCCCUGCACUGCAGGCCACCCUGCCCCUCAACAACACCAGUGUGGACAUGUCCAAGAUCAACGAGGUCCUCACAGCUGCUGUCACACAAGCUUCAUUACAGUCUGUGCUUCAUAAGAUUCUCACGGCCGGACCAUCUGCUUUCAACAUCACUACUCUGCUCUCCCAAGCUGCUCAGCUGUCCACACAAGCCCAGCAAUCCAACCAAUCCCCAAUGUCCUUAACGUCAGACGCCUCGUCGCCGAGAUCGUACGUGUCGCCGAGGAUAAGCACGCCGCAGACUAACGCUGUCCCGCUGAAGCCCUUGCUGAGCACGCCUCCGGUUUCAUCACAGCCAAAGGUUAGCACGCCGGUAGUGAAAGCACAUCCUCAGCCCGUACCCCUGCAGCCCACCCCUGCUGACAAACACGGACACGAAGCAGCCUCCCCACGCAUGCUCCAGAGGCAGAGCAGUCAGAGGAGUCCUUCCCCAGGCCCCAACCACAUCGCCGCCAGCAGCAGCAGCAACGGGAGCAGCUCCGCCCCCAGCACAGCCUGCGCCCCCCCCAGCGCCGCCAACAGAACUUCGCUAGCCGCACACUUUAACGAGAAUCUCAUCAAACACGUCCAGGGCUGGCCUGCCGAGCACGCAGAGAAGCAGGCGUCAAGGUUACGCGAGGACGCUCACAACAUGGGCAGCAUUUACAUGUCAGAAAACUGCACAGAGCUGAAAAACCUACGGUCUUUAGUUAGGGUGUGUGAGAUUCAGGCAACACUGCGGGAGCAGAGGAUACUAUUUUUGAGACAACAAAUUAAAGAACUUGAAAAGUUGAAGAAUCAAAAUUCCUUUAUGGUUUGAGAACUGAGGAGAACUAAUUGCACAUGGUUGGACCCCAGGAACGUAGGUUCUGUGCCCAGUCUUAACACUUUUGAGCUGCAGUUGAGUAGUCUUUGGACCGUUGGGCUGGGCUGGGAGAGGGAGACUGCUGGUGAAGGCUUAUACACCGUACGUUUGUAAAGCCCUCAAUGUAGAUUUUUCUUGUAGAUGUAUCCAUGUUGUAAAUAUGUUUUGUAGAGUGAAGCCAUGGAAAGCCAUGCCUAUCUUGAGCUUUUGACAUCCAAACUAAUCAGUGCAGAGGCGGCUAAGUGUUUAGCCUCCCCCCCAACCCCCAUGUUAACUUGUCGGCAAACUUAAAAAGCUUUUGUUAAUAAAAUGAGAAGCCAACCACUGCUUGGAGCGCGGGUAAAAAAUCUGCAUAAGAAACGACGGACGACCUGAGAAUGUCAAUGACUGGAAAAAAAAAAAAAGAUAUAAAUUCGACAGGUUACAGUUUCCUUUAUUUUGUGAAUAAAUAUAAUUCAGACAUGGGAUAAUUUGGGUUUUUGUUGUUCUGCCUGGGCUAGACUGAGCAAAAGAAAAUGCAUAGCCGAACCCCCGCCUCCCGCCCGCCCCCGUGCUCCUUCCUCGCUUUGCAGACAUUUUUUUUUUUUUUGGUCAUGUCCGGUCGUAAUGGUUCAGCCAUCUGCUUCUACUGCCCUGCAAGCCCCACAUUUGCUCGUUUUAAAACCAGUGCCUGGUGGAGUGCAAUGGGAGAUGCUGCACCCUGGACCCACGAACUGAGAGCUCGAGAGAGGACCAUUCCCAUAGCCGUGCCCCCUCCCCCCCCCCCUCCGUCUGUUGGGUUGUACGCAUGCCGCCUCCUUCUCAAAGGGCAGUGGCGAGUUGACUUUCUUUUUUUCUUUUUCUUUCUUCCUUUGUUCUUCUUCCAAUCUCCCCUCUUCUUUCCAGUCUUUCAGCUAGGUUUUUUUUUUUUCCUUUUUAAAAAAACUGUACUUUUAACAUGAGGUUGUUUUUCAAGGCGCCUUGGGUAAACCAAGAUUGCAUUCCUAUGUACAGCUAAGAGUAAUAAUGGAGUUACAAAAAGAAGUUUUAUUAAAAAGUUGCAGUGAUUACUAGUAUAUCAGAUAUGUUGUAUUCAUAAAUUAUUGCUACACAUUUUCCUUUGCCCUCUUCCCCCCCCUCCCCCCCCCCCACACACCACCCCCCACACCCCCCCCCCCCCCUAUAAGAAUGGAGUGACAGUGCUGCUAGGAAACACAUGCUCUUGCCUCCGCUGGAGAGGCCCAACAGUCACCGAACCCCACACAGCGGACUUGCAGCACCGAAGACACAAGGUCAAAUGUGAAAUGUAUGUAUUGUAAUAAACAUGCUAAACUGAAAGUGAGCUCUGUUUAUUAUUUUUUUAAGAGGCUGGAAAUCCCCAUGGGAAUACAUGUGCAUUUCACCCAUCCUUGCUGAAGAUCAAACUCGCUCCUUAUUUGUGUCUGUGGAGAGUGUGGGUAGAGGGCUCUGCUUUGUAUUUUAUUUCCUAAAGUAUAUUAAAAGAAAUAUGUUAAAUAAGAAAAA